CACACACAUAUGUAUAUACCACACAGUUAUUGGAACAAAAUUCUCAAUAUUCGCCUGCGUCCUGUUACGCCCGAGUGGACGAGAUGUCGCGCUACUAUUAUGGCGAUCAAAUACUGGAUGCCUUCAUCAUAUUCCGCCGCCCUCUAACCAUGGACGAGGUAAUUGGCUAUGUGGCAGAAAUCACAAAUAAGUCGGUGGCCGAGAUCCGGCUCGAUGUGGACAACACACUGACUGCCGCCUGGGCCUACGGUUUUGUGAAACGCCAGAAUAACCAGUACACUCUCUCCUCGGGUGUUUGGGACCACGAUGAUCCCACCCAGAACAAGCGUGAGAAGCACCAGCACAUCAAGCUUCUGCUGAAGACCAAAUGGCAGUACUUCGCACCGCUCUAGGCCAAGUGAGAGCACGCGAAGCGAGUUCGCCCGUAUUCUGUAGACACUCUCUGCAUAGCAACCAUUCGAAUCGGACGCCUUUUCGAUGCUACAGCCAGUCUUCCCCACGUUUUUUUUCACCUUUUUGAUAGAACUAUGUGCUCUCACCAGCUCUGUAGAACCCCAACAUGUUAUCCCAGCCAGCACUGACAAGACACUUCAAUAAACUACAUACUAUGUAUAACAAUAGCCGCACUA